AGUCGUAGGAACGACUUUCCAACUCGGGAAAUAGGACCUUCGUAGGAGCACGUGAAUGCAACACUACGUAACAAGCAAAUGCCGUAAACCAGGCCCCUGUCUGUCGUAAAGCAGGAAACCGACAUGUAAACGUUAACUAACCUAACUACUAGUUAGUUGCUAUAAAAAAGCUGUUAAAAAGAGACAUAAGCUAAGUCACACAUUUUUUUCCUGUAGCUAGCUUGCUAGAGGGUAAUUCAAGUAUUUAUUUGUGUUGUUAGGUUUUCUAGUUUAACAACAUUAUGGACGUUUUACGUCCAGCUCUUAUCAAUAUAAAUGGUAGAAUGUAUCGAAGGAAUUUCAUUAAGGAAGAACAUUAUGAAGAGGAGGAAGAAGAAGAAGAUGUAUGUUACAGUGGACCACCAGAGAGUGAAGACUUUGCAGCUGAUGAAACUUGUGAUACCAACUACAUUGAACAGACUGAUAAGGGAUACCGCUGUGCUAUUGAUGUCCCAAGUGUUCUUUACAAAUACAUCAUUGGGAAAAAAGGAGAGACACGCAGACGUCUGGAGUUUGACACAAAGACAUCUAUCAGCAUCCCAAAACAAGGAGUGGAAGGACAGAUUGUUAUCACAGGUUCCCAUAAAGCUGCAGUCUCAUCUGCUGUCACACGGGUUGAGGUCCUUGUUGAGAGUUUCAGGAAGAAACAGCCUUUCACGCAUUUUCUGUCAUUCCCUUUGAAUGAUCCCAAAAUUCAAGAAGGAUUGCUGAGCUUUAAAGACGAGGUGUUGCGGCAGUGCUCACAGGAUCAUGGAGUAGAGGGAAGCAUCUUUCAGAACCCUGCUAAGCUUCACCUGACAAUCGGCACCCUGGCACUGUUAAAUGACAUGGAAGUGAAAAAAGCAUGUGAACACCUCCAAGAGUGUCAAAACUUCAUUAGGGAAAUCACAGAAGGAAAACCUCUGUUGUUGGAGGUGACAGGUAUAGAGUACAUGAAUGAUGACCCAGCCAUGGUGGACGUCUUGUACGCCAAAGUCAAUCUGAAAGACAGAUCUGACAGGUUACAGAUGAUUGCAGAUCGGCUGGUAGAGCACUUUGUCUCAGCCGGGCUGAUGGUCCGAGAAUGGGACAGAGUGAAGCUGCAUGGCACUGUGAUGAACACUGUGUUCAGAAAGAACUCCACAGUUGAAGACAUGGGUGGCCCAGGAAGACAAACCACGAGCGUACGAGAGGCUUUUGAUGCCAGAAACGUAUUAAAGAAAUUUGGGGCUUAUCGUUUUGGAGAGUUCGAGCUGAAUAGUGUCUUGCUGUCCCAGAGAUAUUCGACAGAUUGUACGGGCUACUACACCUCUGCAGGGAGCAUCUACUUCUCAUGAGCUUCAACAGGGCUAAGCAUAUUCUGAGCGAGUAGGCAGGUGUUCCCGGCAGCAGCUCUUUAUCAUUCGGAGUGCUGAGUUUGGAGGCUGCCUGCAGCUGUCUACGUCUGUUUACUGCUGGAGGCGUUCACGCAGAGAGGAGAGGCACAAAGCCGAGUGUUUGAACAGCAGGUAGUCAUUCAAGCUGCUGUAUACUUUAGGUACACUUUGCACAGGGAUAGUUUAAAAUAGGGCUGCAACUAAUUUUCAUUGUCAAUUCAUCUUUAUUACUUUGUUUUGAUAAUUAUAAAAUGUCAGAAAAUACGGACCAUUACAAUUUAGCAGAACCCAGGAUGAUGUCUUGAAAUGGCUUAUUUGUUUGGCGUACAGUCCAAAACCCAAGGAUAUUCAAUUUACAAUGAUAUAAAAAACUGAAAAGCAACUAAUUCUAACAUUUUAGCAGUUGGAACUAGUAGACAUUUGGCAAUUUUGCUUAUUAAAUUGCAUAAAUAA